CAGUGUUACAUUGUAGUGUUGUGACUGGUCAUGCAAGGAAAAAGGAUUUAGGGAAGAAGUAUUUGUUGGAUAGGGGGUUAUAUGAAAACACUACUUAAAACAAGUUGUUUUUUUCUCCUGUCAUUUAUAUGACUGCACAAGUCAGGUGCAGUUGCAAGACUUGAUUUGUCUAAGUUGCCACAUAUUUGUGAAAAUGUUUAGACACAUCUAGUGGUCAGACACCUCUUUUGUGGUUUUUUUUUUUUGUGUGUAUUCUCAAGGUAAAAAGACAAUGCCAAUAGAAGUAACAGAAAAUUACAGGCUUCACAAAAAAUUAUAGCGACCUCAUUUUUUUUUUUUUAUGGAACAUCUUGCUUCAUGUCACAUUUCAGAAUGAGUCUCCAACAAUAGAUUUGAUUUUUCCAUAACAAAAAGCUAUUUUACAUAUUUUAACAUAGCAGCUUCUCUUGAAAACUUGUCAGUAUACUAAGUAAAAUAUGUUACGAAAAGCAAAGUGAACAGGAUAUUAUUUCUAUCUCAGUUUUAUGGUUUUCAAAUGUAAUAAUUGGCCCCCGUCCCCCUGAAAUCCUUUACCACACAAAGUGUAAGUUGUUGGUCAGUUUGCACGGUGCCCAUAUUUCUCAUCGCUCGUGGUUGGAUGUAACCGACUCCCAUCACCUGACGCGUUCACAGACAUUGCAUCGUUACGUGCCUGGAAUAGAACAGCUAACGGUAAUAUCAGAAUUCUGCAUAAAGAUGCGGGAAUUCUUAAUUUUAUAAUCCCGGUAUGCUGAGAUCUUGCAAGACGGGGAAAUGGGCAACCGCGCUGGAUAGUACACAACGCCUAGCACAACCUAGCAGUGACGCGACCUCAUCAACAGUCGUUAUGCAUGUGACCUGGUUGAACAGAGAUGUCAAAGAGUCAAAAACAGUCUUCAGGGGGCAGGAGUAGCCCCAGAACACACACAGGAAAAGGUGAAAGUCAGUCCAGCGGAGGACGUAGGCCCCAUAGUGCCCCAGACCACAGGACUGUCACUGUGAACAAUGCAGACAAUGCCCCAGGCAUUCUGCCCAGCUCCAAAACUCUGGAUGUACCUUGCCCAGAACUCAGUGUCAAUCUCUCAGAAAGUUGGACUCAAGUCUAUAGCUCUAUUAAAAAGACCAGAACCCAUGACUGUGUGUUGGAAAUGGGACCAGAGAGAGGAGUAAGCCCUGGGUGCCGAGAUUGUGCUUGGACACCGACUAGGUGUCAUCGCCCCAGGCUCGUCAACAGUGCUAGCUUCUCUGGUUUCGGGGCAACUUGUAUGGUGCUACAUCAGAAUCAGAAUAUGUCUGGCAGCAGUCGUGAAAUCAUUGAUUACCGCAAUCUGACACCUCAAGUACCAUUUGUGCCUUCCAUUGCCAAAUCGAUUCCAAAAAAGAGGAUCUUUCUUAGGAAACCCAGGAAGGCCAUAAAAGAUCUGUUUGUUCACAAGAAGGGCAGUGAGAGACCAAUGUCACCAUGUACAUUACUUGGUGGAGGAACUGAACAAGGACUAACGUCAAAGCGCACCAAGAAAUCUUUGAGGCGACGUUAUCGGACCAGGAUCUCAAAAGAAAUGAAUGACAUGCUUUCUGACUCCUCAAGUGAAUGUUGCACUAAUGUGUGUGAGGAUGCUGCAUCACUGAAAAGCUUUGGAUCUCAAGCUGGGUGUGGAGAAAUAUUUGCAGAUGAGGAAUUUUUCUUGGCACUUGAGGGAACACCUAAACCUGAAUCUGCCAGAGGUUCCAGUGAGUCAAUGAAGAAAACUCCUACCACUACAGCCUUUCAGGGUGGCAAAGAGCAGAUGGCCUCAACUGCUCCACCCGAAGUCUUAGACCUGUUGGGUAUGUGGGAGAAACCGAAUAGGACCAUUCUCCUUGGACAGAACUUGAGCCCAGAAAGUCAUACAACCGCAACACCAUUUUCUGGCUCACGCUCUGCAAACAAGACAGUUACACCCCUAGAGAGCCCUAGUGUUUCACUCAAAACUUCAGAGACAAUGAUUAAGGAGCUGAAUGUGGAUACGGUAACACCCAAAAGUGAUUACCAAGAAAGUACCAGUGAUGAGGGUUAUUGUGAUUAUGUUUCCCCAGAGGACCAAACCAAAGGCUCUCUCACACCAGAUAAUUCCAAAAAAUUCCCCAGAGACACCUACAGUGGAGAUGCUUUGUAUGAAUUAUUUUAUGACCCAAGUGAAGCAGAAAUUACCCCAAUUUUUGAUGAUGAAAUGGAUCUAUCCCCCAGCAUUCUUGGCCAUUCCAGUGACCUUCCAUUAUCCAUGUACAGCUUCCGUGUUGGAGCAGAGGAGAAUCUGGCCCCUCCUCUGGCUGUGGACUUUAUUAGUCCUGAGGUAAUGCAGAGUAACUGGGUGGGGAAAGAAUGCUUACUGAAACUCUGUGACACAGAAAUUUCUCUGGCUAUGGGUAUAGUUAACUGGUUUAAGCAGAGGAACCUGAAGGGUAAUCCUGUAGAUUUGGGGUCAGCAAAGACUAGCAGCAUGGAUGAUAUGCGUCAACAGGACAAAAUGCAAUCAACAGAGGUUAUGAAUAUACCAAGUGGCACAGUUCUAAAAAGUGCAUAUAAUAUCAAGGACAUGACUGACUUUACACUGAAAGAUAAAUGUUUGCUGGAUGGUCAUUACUCAAUGGAUACUCCCAAACACCACAAGGGAGUAGUUUCAACUGUUACAACACCGGAGAGCCAACCCAGGACUCCAGCAAGUCACGUGUGCUUCCGGAUAUUUAAUAUCAACUCUCCUUUGACACCCAGCAGGGAUUUGCCAUCUCCAGUGGCUUUUUCUCCUGGCUCUGGAACAAGUUCCUUGUUCGUGCUGGCCAUAAAUAAAGAAUCCCUUUGUGAGUCUUGCAAGGGCUCCCUGAAACAUGGUGCCAAAGAGCUGCACCUGUGCCAUUCUUGUACCUCUUAUAUUGAGCGCAUAAAGGCAUCAGAGCUCUGGGCCCAUGCCAACCCUAACCAGUUUAAGACGGCAGGAACUCCUCCUUGUUUAAUAGGGGGAAUGCUCCCCUCUCCAAGUAGCAGUUAUGGGAUAGCGAGUGACAUCAGCAUUCUGUCUCUAGUUGAGCAGUGUGCUACUCAAGUAUCUUCACUGAGGAUUAAUGCAUAUCAACACCUGUCUGAUAAUGAAACUAGAGCCAUCACUGAGCCAGGUAAAGAUGCACAACCAAAGAAAGACCAGGCCCAGAAAUGCCUGAAGUCCAAGCAGAGGAAGAAAGCAAAGGCAACCACAAUAGGUGGUCAACAUUUUGGCAACAAUACAAAUGUCAAAAAUAAUUUUAAGCAUGCUGUCCACAGUUCUUCUCAAUUGGAAGGACAGGAGUUUUGCCUGGUCACAACAAAUGACUCAGAAGAAUUUGCUCUGAAAACAUAUGAGAGUCAAUGCUACCUGAAAAUGAAUCCAUUUAAUGAUGCAGGCAUAUUUCAUGUAUCGAGACCUACUUCCCUUCCUCUCAUAAAUACUACCAGUUUCUCUAGAAAAGAGCCCCACAGUGAUGUGAAAGUUAAAGAAAAACCCCAUGAAAGAUCACAUCGACCCAAGAAGCUUAUGGUGAACCAUGAUGGGCUAUUGGACCACAUCUUCUCUGAGGAGAAGAAAGUGGAAAGAAAAUGCAGGCUGAAGAAAUGAGAUUCUAAUUCUGUGGAUGCAGAACAGUUUUACUGAGCUAACCUGAGCACACUGUCCAAUGCAAUACGCUGACUCCAUAAGGCAGCUCACACUCCAGCCGACACAACCUCUCUGCUUCUCUGUGCUGGCAGAAGGCUUUUAUGGACUUACCAACCGGGAUAAUCUGUAUCUGUUCAACUGUAGCCACUCAUGGUUGGAGAAGUGAAAAAGAUGUUGGAAUGCAUUAUUUUUUGUUUCACCCUACUUCCUGUUCCCUUCACAUGGUAAUGUCACUAGUAGCACAAGGAAAUAUUUCUCUUUUUAUCAUCAUGAUUUUUAGUUUGAUUGUCAGUGCAAUACAGAAGCAUCCAUCCACAUCACAUAAUAGUAGUACUAUGCCUGUUUUAUAUUAUUACUGUUGCUUUCAGUAUAUUGAGGAUAUUCAGUAUUCUGCUGUAGGCUAUGUUUAAUAAUGCAUAGUCAUACAAAGUAUUAUAGAAUGAAGUCACUGGCAGCAAUGGUUAUAUAUUGUUUGAUGUUUUUGUGUCUAAUAAGAAAUGGUUUUCAUUUUUUAAACAGUCGUAAAGCAUUUAAAAAUCUACUAAAACAUUUGAUGUUUUUAGGCACAAAGCCCUUAUGUAAAUAAUUCAGGGUGCCCUCCACAUGUGAAACAUUAAAUAUAAAGUCUGAACACCGUAUUUUCACAGUCACAUAUAAAACAUUGUAGAAAGCAACGAUGCAAGUGAAGUGCUAUGUGGUGCUAAUUAGAAUGAGCCCUUGAUCAUCUUUGAAGGUUCUUUUUCUUUCUUUUUUCAUUAUUUUAACAUAUUUUAAAAAGAUAUUCAGAUUGUAGGCCCCUGAACUUCAAACCAGUGUUGUCUUAGGUUGACCGUGACUAGUGGGCCUUCGGCCUUACGUUAACAUUUAGAACUCAGAGACUGCUGAAACAGAGGGUGGCCUUUACAUUUUUGGAACAUUCCAUAAUAUGUCACUUGCCCCUUAUUACUUCUCUUUCAAAUCUAUUUCUGACAUUAGCAAACGUUUACUUGCCUUUGAAUUAUUUGGUAAAAAUUAUAACUUAAAAAUGACAGGUUUCCUUGUAUUUUAAAAUUUUUUCUUACUUUGGAGAGUUAUAAGAUUGGAAGAUUGCUUUUAUUUUAAGUUUGGUAAACACAUCACUGGGUGCUUAUGGGCCAUCAGAUCAAGAGUUGUGUUGUAAAAGACAGAUGUGCCAUCAAUUGAGGCUUGUCAGUGCCUGUGCAGUUUGGAGAAUAAAGGAGAAUCCCUGUUCCCUUGAGAAAGCUUCUGUGAUGGAGCUGAUGUGAGCUGAAUUCAGAGGCCACUGUUCAAAAGCAGCCCAUUCAUGUGCAUGGCGCUGCUGUUUCCCAAAGCAAACAGGUGGCCGCAUCUUUGCCGAUGUUUAGAGCUGGUGCAAAGGUCUUCAGUCAGAAUGAAAUGAUCUGUUUUAUACUGUACAGACAUUUAGCAAUCAAAAGGUUGCACUAGCAAAAUUGUCUUUAGUUGUCUUUAGAGCCAAAUAACUAAAAUGUUUCAUCUCUGUGUUUUCCAACAUACAAAUGGACAUACAAGCACAGAUCUUUUGUAUAUCAUUCUGAGAAAAGCUCUUUGCAAUAUGAUUUGUUAAAUAUUGCAUCACCUUGGAAAGAAUUACACUAAAGGGACACAAGUAAUAUGAGGCAGUAAAUAAUAGAUUCCCACCCUCUAGUAGGUAGUGAUUGUGUCUGAGCUCAGCGUGUCCUUGACAUUAUUCAAUAUGGUGAAUGCUGAAUGAGUUGGAGCUCUAAAAAACAUCUACUGUAUAGCAUAUCCUAUGUGGCAAUAACAUGGACACAUUAGUGAAUCUGGCAAUACCAAACUAUGCUGUUGAUGAACGAUCUCUUAAUGUAACUGUGCUUUGUUUUACGCUAUACAGCUGCAGUUAGUGUGCCAUUUUCCCAUACCACAUAACACAUUUAAAUCUAGCCAAGAAACUCUCAAUGAUGUUAUUUCUCAGGUCAUCCAAACUGUCGAAAUGCAUCAGUCAAUCCAAAACAACUGAGCAUCGCAUGCAAGACUAUCACUUAGGGCACUAAAGAUAUAUGAUAGAUGAUUUACUGAUAAUACAUUAAGUACUAAAUAUGUUGAUAUAUUGCAUGAUGCCUUCUGUAGCUGUAAAAUGUUAUAAAAACAUUUUUAGUAGAAAGCCUUUUAUUUUAAUACAGUUUGCUGCAUUGGGGUAAACGGCCACUGUGCAGGUUUUUUUUUUUUUUCCUUGUUGUAUGCCUGUACAGACUUUCUGAAGAGAUAGGGCAGCUGUUAUCAUUUCAGUCUGUAGAUCUGUAUAUCUCUGCCUGGUUGUGUGCUGACCUUUCAUAGUGGCUUAUUCAAAUAAAUGAGUUAUUAAAAAAUUA